CUGCACCCGCCUCCCCGCUCACUCACACCCCGCACGUCCCGCACAUCAGCUGCUCUCCGCCCGACGAGUCCUGCUGCCGGAGUCUUUCGGGGUUUUUUUUUAUACCGCCGAACAAAGGAACGACCAGCCGCUCCAUCCCCGGUGGAAGGUCAGUGAUGGUCAGUGCUAGUUAGAGCCUGCCGCCAAGGAUGUCUGCGACAGAUUCGGACAACUCCAUUGACUGGCUGGCUAGUGACACCGAGGACAAUGAGAGCGAACGGGAGUCCGACUGUUCCGGAGAGCACAGCCAGACCGGGGCUCCUACGUCCCCAAGCGGCCCGCCACACCUGGGCCCGUCCGAUUGCAGCUGCCACCGGAGCAGCGAGGUGAAGGAGGGCGACGGUAACUGGAGAGAGGUCAGGGAGGCUUCCGGCCGGGGAUAUCCCCCUGGCAGCACGGAGACCUAUGUCAGCGCCUUUGGACUGUGUAAAGCACAACAAGGCAGCGGCAGGAACACUCAGCAAGCAAUGAAGAGAACUCACAGCUCCACCGAGCAGGAGGAGCGCAAGGAACGGCAGCUGAUUUGCAACACGCCAGAGAAGGACCGAAUUUUCAGCAGUAAGUGCAUGGAGCUGCAAUGCUACAUUCAUCCACUGUCGGUAAUCUUGAAUGGCCUUCGUUCGGGGAGAUACAGAGAACGACUCAGCAGUUUCCAGGAGAGUGUGGCGAUGGACAGGAUUCAGAGGAUCAUGGGUGUUCUGCAGAACCCCUACAUGGGAGAGAAAUAUAUUAACAUCAUCCUUAAAAUGGAGGAAAUGCUGAAGAGCUGGUUCCCUAAUGUAAAACUCCAAGACCAACUUGCUGUCACGCAGACAGAGAAAGCCGUUCCCACCAAGAAGCUGAAGCUCUCUCCAGCGACCGCCGCUGCAGCCGCGAGCCCCGUCCCCGUGAGCGAUCCUACAGUCGGCGCCAAAGCCCUGAGAGUCACCGACCUCACUCCCGGUGGAGCCUACUCCUCCAAUAACCUGAAGUGGCUCCACACAUCACCCAUCUGCUCCCCCACAGCAGAGCAGGCCCAGGCUGGCCCCAGGCACCUGCUGGCCCCCAGAGACAGAGACCUAACCCAGGACAACGCUGUGUCCUCCAGCACAGACACCCACACUAAGACAGACUCUGUGCCCCGGGGCCUUCCACCUGGCAAAAUUAACGCGCCCUGUCUAGAGAGGCUCCUUAAAUCGACGGAAAGCAUCAUCACCCGCAGGGAGACGGGGGGUUUGAUGGACAGCAGCUGGUCCUAGUCCGCACAGAAGGCUGGGUGUCCAGCUGUUGGCACUGCACAGCCCGGCCUUGCCUUGCCCCUCCUUGCCUGGAGCCAGUCAGCUUGCUUAGCCCAUUCCAGCCUUCAGGGUAGACGGUAACCUUCAAAAGGGACGUCACAUUUUCCUCUUCAAUGUGGACGGAGUGUAGACAAACAUUGUACUCUCUGUAUGGGAAUGUGCCCACUCUGACAUGACAGGUGUCUGCUUUAGUUCCCUUUCGCUGACUUAUUUGUUCUUUUUUGUUUGCACUCUUGAAUAGCGUGUGUUAGAGUGGGAAGGAUAGGUUUCACGCGCUGAGAUCCCCAGAGCUAGUGAUUUCACGAGUGAACUGUUCCCACUGGCUUGUAGAUGCAAUAAUACAGUUUGAUUAUCUGUGAAACUGCCAUUUCGCCAGAAAGGGAACGAGCCACAGGAGUAGUUAGUGCUCGAAAGGAGUAUUACAGACAUCCAGACAUGUCAGUGGUCUACAUAUUGUUGUGCUGAAAAUGUGGGUCAAAUGUGAUGUUAUCCCACCCACCACCCCCAAAUACACUUUUAGGUUUAUCGAUGUGACUGUUACUCAUUUGUAUACUUUAUAAAUAAGUCUUUUGGUACAACUGUUCUACCUCAGUGGGCACCAUGUCAUGGUUAAUGGGUUAGGAAUGUGAACGCUACGCUCAAAGUCUGGACACCUCAUCAGAUCUGCAGUGAGCCCGACGGCCUCUGACAGCGAGGUUUGCUGUGCGAGUUGUCCUACUUCCUCUAAACAGAGGAUGCUCUCUCCGCGGGGAUGCUAUUAUGGUCUGACUGGUGCCAUUGUAAAGAAUGUCAACUGCAGAUUUGUUUUUUUUUGCGUUUACCAGUAGAAGGCAAACAGUGCCUGUAACGUCAAGCUGUGCCUGUCAGCUGGUUUAAUAAAGAGAGAGAGAGAACCGUUCAGAAUACCUGCUCCUCUGUGGGAUGUACAAAUCAGGAAUUCUCACGCUCCUGCCAUUUCUCCUGUAUUGAGUAAAUUAUUCAGAUCUUGCCAACUACUUUCUGUGGUGGAGUAGAGCAAUUAUUAUUAUUAUUAUUAUUUUGCCACAGAACUGGACAGUAUGCUAGACCAGCAGAGAGCGACAUGGUAUUUCUCUGUGUAAAUCUUACAGAAAGGUUGUCGAUUUACCCUGAAAAGUGGCCUUUAUAGUGUGAAAUUUUAUACUUUCAAAAUAAAUGUGGUUAUAUUUGUUUGAUGCAAAA